UUGCACAAAAUGUAGCCGACAGCGGACAGACAAACAGUAAUAUAAUAUUAUAAGUAUUAAAAUAUAGUAUAACAUUAUUAAAGUACAUUAGUAUUUUAUUUUGAAAACACAAAUAAGUGUACGUUUUAAAAAAAUUUGCUUUUACUUUUAUUUGUUUAUUAUAUUUAUGCGCCAUGCCUGUUAAACAACUCUCAUCUGCAACUAUAAAAUUAAUUAGUAGUACUCAGGUAAUUACAUCAGCAUCGUCAGUGGUCAAAGAGUUAUUGGAAAACGCAAUUGAUGCCCAAUCUACAGUCAUCGAUAUACGUAUAGAAAAUUAUGGAUUGGACAAAAUUGAAAUUAGAGAUAAUGGUGUUGGAAUUUCAUGUGAAGAUGUUCAUGUUAUGUGCUUAAGAGGGUAUACGUCAAAAAUAUCAGAUGUAUCUGAUUUAGAAAAAUUAUCUUCAUAUGGAUUUCGGGGUGAAGCUUUGAGUUCUAUUUGCGCAGUAGCAGAUGUAAGUGUGAUAACAAAGACAGAUCAAGACAAAUAUGCUAAUCUGUAUACUAUGGAUAAAAAUGGUCAUGUUAUAAAAAGUUCAAUAAGUCAUCAUCAAAAAGGAACAGUUAUUAAAAUAGUUGACCUUUUCAAAAAAUUACCUGUUCGAAAACAGAUGUAUAGCUCAAAGAAACAUUGCGUUAAUGAUUUACGUAAAAUAGAAAAUGUCGUUAAGGCAUUGGCUGCAAUACAACCAAAUCUUCGUGUAUCCUUGGUUCACAACAAAUCGGUUUUGUGGCAAAUGACAGCUGUCAAUGAUUUGAUUCUAGCAUUUGGGCAAAUAUGGUCAUCCAUAAUGACUAAAUGUUUUAAGCAUUUAACAUUUUUGAAUAAUAGAAUAAAAAUCGAAAUGAUUCUACCUAUUCAAAAUAUCGAUGUUCAAAAUACUUUUCUUACUACAACUCUUGCUGAUGCAAUCUAUUUGUAUGUCAAUAAGAGACCUGUCAGAGAUAAUAAAAUUGAAAAACUAAUCGUAGGUGAGCUGACCAAUUAUUUUGGUCAUUAUUUACCAACUGGAAAGUAUUUACCUUGUCUUGUAUCUAUAAACGUGCCGGCUGAAGACAUUGAUGUCAAUCUGGAACCCGAUAAGUCAAGACUAUUCUUUCAUAAUCAGGAGGAUAUACUGAUUAGUAUAAAAAAUUGUAUUGUCCAGCAUUACUAUGAUAACACGCCAGUAAACGACCCAUCAGAUCAAAAUAAAAAUAUAUUAAAAUCAAAUAAACGAAAAAUUUCUUCUGAUUCAGAGGAUGUUGAAGUUAAAAAAUCUACAGCGUAUUACAAUGAGCCUAAUCAAUUGAGUCUCGAUUCCAGUCAUAAUAAUAGUAGUAUCAACCCUUGUACUUUUAAGGCUGCACAACUUGAACUCGAUUCCUUAAAUCAAAUAUCUCAGAUCGACAAAUCGCUUAAACCAAAUGCGGAAUCUACUAAAAUUAUGAAUGAUAAUUUGUGUAUAUUUGACCCAGACAUAGAUAAAUCAAAUUAUAAAAUAAGUCGGGAAUCUUCAACUAGAGAAUUCUCCAAAUCAACUUUAAAGUCAGAAAUUGAAAACUCACAAUUAGUAAAAGACUUAAGUUUAGAAGAAAUUGAUUUUGAAGAACCAUUUACUUUGGUUGAAGAAAAUGAUAGUAAAAUAACACAUUCUGAAAGUAAUGAAUCUUUAAUCAACAGUAACAUUGAUCAGUAUAAACAAAGGAUAAUGAAUAUAGGAAUAACUAAAUCUCAUCCAGCCAUACAACAACAUGAUACUAGUGAUUCAAGUGUUGAUUUCCAUGUGAAAAAUGUAACAUUAUCACAAUGGAGUAAAGGGAAUGUAUUAUUUAAUGGAAAACCGGUUAAGUGUGGAGUUUCUGUAAUAACUGAUACAUUGCCAUCUGACAAAUCAUUAGAGAAUAAAAAUGACAUUUCAUCAUCGAAUGUAGUUGAAUGUACUCAGAUUUCAAAAGAAAUAAGUGAAACUGGACGUGAAAAUCUUAGUGAAACAGUUCAAAGUGGUAGUCAAAUGGGUCAUAAGGAAAUGUCUGGAUUUACAAUAUUUGCCAAGAAAAUGAGAAUAAAAAUUCUCGAAGAAAACCCUGGUCUGGAUUUUGUUAAAGUAAGUAAAGAACUUGCUAAAUCAUGGGCAUCGUUGAGUGUUGAAGAGAAAGAAAAUUAUAAAACUUUUAGAAAUAAACAAAAAGAGAAAGCUCUUGUAAAUUGUAUAAAUAAUUCAAAUUUGGAUUGUACAAAGCAUAAUUCAAACUACGACGAAGACAACAGCAGUAUUAAAAUUGCACCACUAUUUCGUAUGGUUGCUGUACCAGAUGAACAAGUCCCAGGUCUUGACCACUUAGUGAGUCGACCACAAUCAUGGGUACCCCAACCUAGAUCGAAACGACCAAUACAAGAAACUGCACGUGUAAAUCUCAGUGAAACGAUUCAAAGUGUUAGUAGUCAAAUGGGAAAUAGAGAAAUGUCAGGAUUUACACUAUUUGCCAAGAAAAUGAGAUUAAAAAUUCUCAAUGAAAACCCUGGAUUGGAUUUUAUUAAAGUAAGUAAAGAGCUUGCGAAAUCAUGGGCAUCAUUGAGUGUUGAAGAGAAAGAACAUUAUAAAACUAAUGCAAAUAAACAAAAAAAGAAAGCUCUUGUAAAAGUUGAUGAAAUAAAACCACAAAAUAAAGACUUCAAAUUCUUAUUUAAAAAUCUCAAAAGACAUUCUACUUUAGUAAAUGUAGAACUAUCAGAAAUUAAAGAACGCCUAUUGAAAAAACCAAAAACACCAUUUUCCGAUUAUACCCUAAUCGGUCAGAUUGAUGAAAAUUGUUGGAUAUGCCGUAUCCGCAACAAAAUUGAAGCAUUAAAUAUUUGUCGCCUUCAAGAAGCCGUUGUAUUUAGGAAAAAAUUGGCUAUGGAUUCGAUACCGUUAAAAAUGCUCGACCAACCUAUUAUAAUUGAUAAAAAUUUUUUAGGAGAAAAAAAUUAUCAGUUUUUGAUGGACUUGGAUACAUCUUAUGAACCGUCUACCGACACAUAUACUGUGAUUGAUGAUCGAAUAACUAAAAAUGGAUUUGUUGUUGUUUCAAAAUUUUAUGGAGAUAAAAAAUAUCCUAUUUUAAAAAUAACCGACGUUGCAUUACACAUAUCGAUAUAUGGUCUUGAAGAAUUCAAACAGAUUAUAGAACUAAUGCAAACACAACAAUCAAAUUGUCUACACAUUUGUCGUCCGUUGAAAGUUGUCAACUAUCUUAGGAGUGAAACCGUAAGAUUUUGUAAAACAUCUGGCCUCCCAAAAUCCAAUAAAGAAAUCAAUGAUUUAUUGGUUUUUUGGUUUAAACACGAAGAGUCAUUUUCUCAAAAUAUUUGUGUUCAUUAUGAUAAUGUAUUUACGUCGAUACACAAACUAACAGAAUUUUCUGAUCUAUCAGAUGCAAUUUUGUAAUUUUUCUAACAUGCUUGUA